GUCACAUGGAGGAGGAGGGGGAGUCACAUGAUCAGGGGCUGCUGCUCUAGGCUCAUCUGCUCAGUGUAUGCAGGACUCUGCUGUCACAUGACCAUUAUCACAGGUCCUUCAACUACAAUCUCUUCUAUCCUGCACUGUUCAGCCCCGCCCACUACUGUCACAUGAUCCUCCCCACAGGUCCUUCAACCACAGUCACAUCUAUACUGCUAAACUCCCCCCCCCCCCCGAAAUGGGUACUGGUCACAUGAUUGUGACAUCAUCACAGGUCCUACACCUCCAGCAUGUAGCAGAUACAGAGCAGGUCCUGGUGGGGCAGUCACUGCGGUUGUGUUGUGUGUGGAGAUCUCUCAGAGCAGCAGCCCCUGAUCAUGUGACUCCUCCUCCUCCAUGUGACUGAUCACAUGACGGUGACAUCAUCGCAGGUCCUGUAAGUACACGGCUCCUCUACAGAUACAGGUUUCUCCAAUCCAGGAUCCUCUGCUGAUAUCUUCUAUAUAAGAGAAUUCUCCUGGAUGACCCAUCAACCAUGGAGAGAGACAGGAACAAGAUGGCCGACAGGAUCAUAAACCUCACCCUACAGAUACUCUUCCGUCUUACUGGAGAGGAUUACACAGUAGUGAAGAAGUCCUUUAGUGGGCGCUGUCGGGCCCCUGUGUGUGAAGGAUGGGGAAGAACCCUGAUCCCAAUCCCGGGGCCCCCACCUCACUCCCUGAUACAUGAGGAAAUGGAUGAACAGAAGAUCCUAGAACUCAUCAACAAGAUGAUGGAGCUGCUGACUGGAGAGGUUCCUAUAAGGUGUCAGGACGUGGCGGUCUAUUUCUCCAUGGAGGAGUGGGAGUAUGUAGAAGGACACAAGGAUCAGUACAAGGAUCAGGUCAUGAUGGAGGAUCAGCAGCCCCUCACAUCACCAGUCAGAUCCAGUAAGAGAACAGCACCAGAGAGGUGUCCCCGUCCUCUAUUUCCACAGGAUGAUCAGGGUGAAGAUCCGAACAAUAUUAAUGCUCCAGAGACAGAUGUGAGCUGUGAUGAGCAGUAUAAGGAGAACAUUCCUACAGGGAAAGAUCUGAUCUAUAUUAAUGCUACAGUCAUUAAGGAAGAAGACGAGACAGUUGUGAGCGGUGAUGAGCAGUAUAAGGAGGACAUUCCUAUAGGGGAAGAUCUGAUCUGUAUUAAUGCUACAGUCAUUAAGGAAGAAGACGAGACAGAUGUGAGCAGUGAUGAGCAGUAUAAGGAGGACAUUCAUACAGGGGAAGAUCUGAUCUAUAUUAAGGCUACAGACAUAAAGGAAGAACAAGAGACAGAUGUGAGCGGUGAUGAGCAGUAUAAGGAGGACAUUCAUACAGGGGAAGAUCUGAUCUAUAUUAAUGCUACAGACAUAAAGGAAGAACAAGAGACAGAUGUGAGCGGUGAUGAGCAGUAUAAGGAGGACAUUCAUACAGGGGAAGAUCUGAUCUAUAUUAAUGCUACAGACAUAAAGGAAGAACAAGAGACAGAUGUGAGUGGUGAUGAGCAGUAUAAGGAGGACAUUUCUACAGGGGAAGAUCUGAACUAUAUUAAUGCUAGAGACAUAGAGGUAGAAGAAGAGACAGAUGUGAGCGGUGAUAAGCAGUAUAAGGAGGAUAUUCCUACAAGUAACCGCCUUGAUUCUUGUACCAGGAGAUCAGAGGAGAAUCUUAUAUCUUCAGAUUAUAAAGCAGAUGAUGAUAUCACACAAGAUACAUAUGAAGAACAUUCCAUUAUCCCAGAUACACCCUCAGCCCUUCACAGCCAAGAUCUGUCAUCUCAUCCUUAUAUACAGGUCCUGUCUUCUCAUUCAUCACAGAAAGGUCACAGAAGGGGUGUUGGACAUCAACGAGCUCAUACAGGAAGGAAACCAUAUUCAUGCUCAGAAUGUGGGAAAUGUUCUACUAAGAAAUCAGAUCUUGUUAAACAUCAAAGAAUUCACACAGGGGAAAAGCCAUUCUCAUGUUCAGAAUGUGGGAAAUGUUUUACUCAGCAAUCGCAACUUGUUCAACAUAAAAGAACUCACACAGGGGAAAAGCCAUUUCCAUGUUUGGAAUGUGGAAAAUGUUUUGCUGAGAAAUCACAUCUUGUUCAACAUAAAAGAACUCACACAGGGGAAAAGCCAUUUUCAUGCUCAGAAUGUGGUAAAUGUUUUACUGAGAAAUCAAAUCUUGUUAAUCAUAAAAGAACUCACACAGGGGAGAAGCCAUUUUCAUGCUCAGAAUGUGGUAAAUGUUUUACUGAGAAAUCAAAUCUUGUUAAACAUCAAAGAACUCACACAGGGGAGAAGCCAUUUUCAUGCUCAGAAUGUGAGAAAUGUUUUACUGAGAAAGCAAGUCUUGUUAUACAUCAAAGAACUCACACAGGAAAGAAUCCAUUUUCAUGUUCAGAAUGUGGAAAAUCUUUUUAUUUUAAAUCAAGACUUGUUAAACAUAAAAGAACUCACACAGGGGAAAAAACAUUUUCAUGCUCAGAAUGUGGAAAAUGUUUUGUUAAGAAAUCAAGUCUUGUUAAACAUCAAAGAACUCACACAGGUGAGAAUCCAUUUUCAUGUUCAGAAUGUGGAAAAUCUUUUAAUUUUAAAUCAAGACUUGUUAACCAUAAAAGAACUCACACAGGGGAAAAACCAUUUUUAUGCUCAGAAUGUGGGAAAUGUUUCACAGAGAAAUCAAAUCUCGCUAAACAUCAAAGAAAACAUUUUCAUGUUCAGAAUAAAGCAAUCAAGACUAGUUAAACAUCUAAAUACUCACACAGGAGAGGAGCCAUUUUCAUGUUCAGAAUAUAGGAAAUGUUUUAAUGAGAAAUCAACACUUAAAAGACAUCUUAGGGUAUGUUCACACUACGGAAUUCCCGCGGAAUUCCACGGUGUGAAUUUAACAUUAGUGUGAAUGGGUCUCCGCAAGACCCAUUCACACUGCGGAAUUUGUUCAGCGCAAAGAAAGAACAUGUUCAUUCUUUGUGCGGAAGUCCGUGAGUACUGCAUAGCCAUCAAUGGUGACGGCGCAGUGCCACGCGGUCCUACCACCGCUGUCGGCUGCCAGGCUGAAUCUCAGCUCGCGGAAUUCUGCGAGCGGAGAUUCCGUUCACACUCUGUAGUGUGAACAGACCCUAAGAAUUCACACAGGAGAGAAGAUAUUUUAGAGCACUAAAUGAUGCAGAUAACACAUUUAUAUAUUAACCCCUUGCAGCAGAACGCUGUUUUAAAUGGCGCUGCGGCAAGGUUAUGAAUCUAGCUCAGGAGCUGAGCUUGCAUCAUACCUGCAUGGUCCCGGCUGCUAUCAGCAGCCAGGACCUGUGACUUAUGCCGGACAUCGCCGUUCAGGUAGAUGAUCGGCAUUUACUAUUUAGACACGGCACUAUUUACCGUAUAUACUCGAGUAUAAGCCGACCCGAGUAUAAGCCGAGACCCCUAAUUUCAACCCAAAAUCCCAGGAAAAGUUAUUG